CCAUGGUAGGAAUUCUACAGGUCCGCGCUUUUUUCGUCUUUCAAAAAAGAGCCCUCUUCCUUUCAACAUCACUUUUCAGUUCCGUUCGAAACCAUCGCAACACCAAGAACGGACAUCGAGCACCAUGGCCAAAAACAUUAUCACCACCACAAGACGAGCAAUGCUUGGCUUCUUUCUCCUCGGUACACUACUACAAGCAGUAACAGCCUCUACUACUGAGAGUAGUCGACGUUUAUUGCGCAAUGACAAUAAUAAUAAGAAUUUGAAGAGUUAUUUGCGAUGCCACGACGAACAACAUUCCUGUGGCGACAACAACCACCGCAUUCAACUGUGUCAUUACAAUGGCAAGGAAUUCACAACCCUCUGUGUCCGAUCGCGCAGCAGUAUUGUGGAACACUUGCAUCCCGUCGAUUAUUGUGGGCCCUGUAUUUCUGAUCAUAAUGACAAUGCCAAAAAAGCCUUUGAGACGACCAAAGAAUUGCAAGAAGCGGUCGAUUGGUACUUGACAAUGGAUCCAGUGGCCCAACGUGCCGCCCACAAAGCAUUGGCCGCCACGUACGGCUAUCCCAUGGGACAAUGGAAUGUGGGCCGCAUUCAAAAUUUUCGUGGUUUGUUUGCCCGCAAAGUGAAUUUCAAUGAAGACUUGUCGCACUGGAACAUGUCAUCGGCCACCGAUUUGUCAUUCAUGUUUUGGCACGCCCACGCUUUUACGGGGACUGGCAUUGGACAAUGGGAUACAUCCAAUGUUCAAUCGCUGGAACGAACCUUUUUUGGCGCCGAAUCCUUCACGGCCGAUUUGAGUCAAUGGAAUACAUCCAGUGUCACCUCUCUCAUGGGAACCUUUUGGCGCGCCACUUCGUUCGACAGCGAUCUCUCGCGCUGGAAUACUACUGCUGUCACUACCAUGAGUCGAACCUUUUGCGAUGCCAUCCUGUUCAAUCAAGACUUGAGUGGUUGGGAGACACAAAAUGUCCGCGAUAUGAGUUUUAUGUUUCUCAAUGCCGUCCAAUUUCACCAACCCAAUCUGGGUGAGUGGAAUGUCCAAAAUGUCCAAACGUUCGAACGCAUGUUUGCCAAAGUACCCUACUAUGACAAUGUCACGGUACAACGGAAUCUGCUCCGGCAGUGGAAAUUGUCACCAACAGCUGUCACUACCCACAUGUUUACGGCACCCCACGACAAGUCGUUGCGCGCCCAACAACUCGAAUCCAAUCUACACGUCAGUCUGGACAAGCUCCUCCGAUUGGCGGCGGAUCAACACCACAAUAAUCGCACCCAAACACACGACAAUAAUGAAGAGGAACCCGACAUGGCCUUGUCGCGAGAAAUUCUCUGUCAUGGAGGGGUGUGUAUGUAAUCCAGAGACCAAACACUCGAAGAGCAUUCAGCAUGGAUGAUCAAACACACCAAUGGUAAGCGUCUCGGCUCGCCAAGGAACACAAUUUUGUACACUUUAUAAAUCAAUAUAGAAACUGACAGUUACAGUAUCC